GUAAAACCCGUUAGGCUUCUGGUCCGUUUGCAAAGCCGUCCGUAGUGAAACAAGGUCAGCGCCCUUCGGUUCCCCAAACAUACUAGGAAAUUAUCUGAGUGUGAACGUGCAAAAAGUUCCACAAUUCAGAUGAUCUGGGUGAGUUUCAAUCAGCUAAUUGAGGUAAACCACCAUCACCGACAUUAAAAGUGACAAAAGUGAACACAACUAACGUUAGCCGACAUUAGCACGCUAGCAAAGCGAUGUGCCUGCGGGUAAGGUCUCUGAACGAGGGUGCGACUAUUAACUGACUAGAACAAGCUGUCCUUGUUGGAUUCAACCAUGGACGCGGUGGUACGAUUCACGAACCAAAGCCAAGGAAAGGACCGAAUAUUCAGGGCAGCUCAGUAUGCAUGUGCACUGUCUACAUACAUACUACGAAACCACUCGGAAAGGAAGGACCUUGUGGCGAAACUUAAAAGUCUGGAAAGCAGCAUGAGCGCAGGACGUAAAUUGUUGAGGUUGGGGAACACCGUAAACUCCAUUGCGGCCGCCAAGCGAAGCAUGCGGCUGCCUGACAGAGCGCUGUGCCUGAGCCUCACCGCGGCCAACGCCAGCCGCGCCCUCUACUUUCUCCUCGACAAUGUAGUUUGGGCCAGAAGCGUGGGUCUAAUCCGCAAUAUCGACAAGGAACGCUGGAGCCUAAAUUCCUCCCGCUGCUACUUCCUCUCGCUGGUCAUGAGUCUGAGCAGAGAUGUUUACGUGGUCCUCCAGCUAAUGGCACAGAGGGCGAGAGAUAAGCAGUUCAGACAGAAGAUGGAGGCGCAUCUCAGCGAGAGUUGUGAAGUGGCUGAAGCCGUCGUUCCUCAGCUGGAUGCGUUUCUCUUUCUGCUGUUGGAGAGCCUGAAAUCGCAUCCCGCUGUUGCCUUGGACGUGCUGAAAAAUGCAUGUGACCUCUUCAUUCCCCUGGACAGGUUGGGUAUAUAUAAAUCCAAUCCGGGGGUGGUGGGAUUCUGUGGUUUGAUGUCCUCAGUUAUUGGGAUUGUAACACUCUUGGAGCCCAAGUUAACACUAAAACCAUGACAACAAGGGUGCAAUCACGCCAUACUAACUGGAGACUCAAAGUUUAAUAACGGGCUACCUAGCAGUAUUGGUUAUUCUUCAUAAUUUAGGAGUCUAAGCUAAACCCCUGUGCAAUCCUGUCUUUUCCAACACCAGCACUUUAGUAACUACUAUAGUAGCUUUUUUACACUUCUUUGCUCUGUGAGAAGAGGUUGCUCAAAGCUUCACCUCAGUGAUUCAAGUGAUGAACAAGCUGCUUCUCAGACAAAAGUUCUUCCAGAAGAAGAAAAAGUUGAGAUUUCCAGGAAUAGCAGUAGUCAUUGUCGGAAAACUACACGUUACCAAGAACACAAUGAAUGGCUCUGUUGUAUCAAAGUGUUCCUGCGAGUGACUGUGUGUCAGCCUGCAGCAAUUCCCUGAAAUCCAAUCUGCACAAGUGCUUUUCCUACUGUGACCAGUUGAAAUUGUGUGUAUGUAUGUCUCCCAUUCAUGCGUGGCCUGGACGUUGCAUAUGAUGAUCUAAUUUAAUGAGCUAAAACUCCCCUGAUAAUGUGAUUACAAAUACAUUCUUAAUAUAUUGCUGUAUGUUAUUUUUUUAAAUCUGACACAAACCAAACAAGUGCGCCACAAUUAAUGAAAAACCUUCAACUUCUAUGAAAUUAUUUGAAAAUGUAUUUUCUCAUGUAGUAGUAAUGUAACGGAUCAAUCCUUUGUUUGUUGAAAGGUUAAAUAAAUCUUUAUCUGACAUUGUAAAA